AUGGCCCGCGGGGAGCGCCUGCCCGGCCUGCAGGCCUUCGCGCGCGGCUCGUCCCUGCACGGGCUGAGCCACCUCGUGGCGCACGGCUCGCGCUCCCUGCGCCGCCUGCUGUGGGCGCUGGCCUUCGGGGGCUCCCUGGCGCUGCUGGCGCUGGUCUGCGCCGAGCGCGUCGCCUACUUCCUGAGCUACCCGCAUGUCACCAAGCUGGACGAGGUGGCCGCGCCCAACCUCACCUUCCCCGCCGUCACCCUCUGCAACCUCAACGAGUUCCGCUUCUCCAAGAUCACGCGCAACGACCUCUACCACGUGGGCGACCUGCUGGCCCUGCUGGACGCGCGCCACGAGGUGGCCCCCCUGGGCGACCCCGAGCUGCUGGCCGCCCUGCGGGACAGGGCCAACUUCAGGGGCUUCAAGGCGCGCCCCUUCGACAUGGCCGACUUCUACAACCGCACCGGGCACGACCUGGCCGAGAUGCUCUGGCAGUGCACCUUCCGAGGCGCCAACUGCAGCGCCAGCAACUUCACCGUGGUGAGGGCCGGGGGCCGGGGCUGGGGAGGGCAGGGCGCCGGGCGCCGCCGGGGAGGGCCCGCAGGGAGAGGAGAGGGGACCGCGCAGCGCCCGCGCUCCCGUCCCGCUUGCGCGUUUCCCGCGGAGGGUGCCGGCUGCGGGGCCACUGAGGGAACGGGGUGCGGGGCUAGGCUGCCCCCCGCGGGCCGGAUCCGGCGGGAGGCUCUCCUUAAGUAUGGUUGCUGGGAAGAGGGGUCCUACCGUCGGGCAGAGGGAGGCAAGGUCCCGGGACAGUAG